AUGGUGGCCGUGUACCCAAGGGGGGUUACUGGGCACUUGCACAGUCCAUCUUGCUCUUCCGCUGAGACCAUGGAUCACCGAGCGGAUCCACUGCAACGUUGCGUUGCACCCUUCAACCUUGACCUUGACCCGACGUGGAUUGCCUAUAUCGAGCUCGGCGAAGGCGAUGCCAAUACAAGGUGA